AUGUUUGGGGCGGAGACCGGGAUGAAAUUGGCUUUUUGCCCCUUGCGACAAUGCGGUUCCCGGUUGCGAUCAUCUGCGAGAGCGCGACACCAAAGGGGAGCCGACGGAGAGUCAGUGCGGAUGCUGCCGCGACUGGCGCCGCAGCGGCUGCUCCUAGGGAUCGUCGCAUUCGCGUCGAUUCUAUUAUUCUUUCGCGCGCUCUACAAUGCACCUCGAGCGCCAGACGAAACUCCGGUGAGAACAGUACCAUUCCGCUUCGAACCUAUCGUUCAACCGAAGCCUCCGCAACAGCAGGCCCCGCCACAACCAAUAAUAACGCAAGAGGAGAGGAGAGACACCAGAUGCGUGUACAAACGGGAAUGCGCGUCUCCUGAAUUGACCAUCAAAUUGGGCGCCGAGACGCGUCAUAGCUCGCCCUUCGGCUGUCUCAAUGAGUUAAAGAUAUUCGAAGCGAAAGACCUGAAGAAAGGCGUCAAUGUCUUGGUGUUGAAUGAGGACACGCUGACUAGCGAGAACAUGUUUUCCUUCGAUGUCGAGAAGACGGACGAGCCGCUGAUCAGCUGGUUACGGCAAAUGAAGGAGUACCGGGUGAUUUUGCUGGUUUCGUUAGGCGAUGUAGCGGAAUACAUCUCGCCGGACGCCCGGAAGCUGCUGGCUCUGUUUGGAGCUAUCCAAGAUUGGCGGCAUGGGUCGGCCUACGCGAUGCUCGGCCAAUGGGGUCUGACAAGUGGACAGGCCGUCGAAUUGACGUACUCCCUGAGCGAAUUGGCGACCCCGCGCUCCCUGCUCGAUGGCUGUUACGGGUUUCCGCUUGGCGAUCUUAGGAACGUCUCGUAUUUGCAGAACACCGGUACCGUCAAUAGGGUCGACGAAAAGAAGCUGGCCCAAUUCCUCGAACCUGUUCGUGUAAAUGUGAAGCUUGGCGAUCAGUGGGCCAAUUGCGGCAGAGACACGAGCUGCGGUGAAGACGAGCUGCCGAUGUACUUCUACUCGGGGCUGAACAAGGAAGAUGCGCCGAAAAUGUGCAUAGGAGACAGGAUUGUCUUUGCCCGAAAAUUGAAUGACGCCGGUCGAGGGCUGAACGUGGCUGUGAUCGACCCAAAAAGCCGUGCAGUCGUCCGCGUCGGCCAUUUCGAUACCUACGAACAGGAAAGCAGCGGCCUGGAGCGUUUUCUCGACCUUGUAGAACCCGGCCAGAUCGUCGCAGCAGUCAGCUUCGAUGAAGCCUCUACAACACUCUCCGAAAUGGCGAAACAGAUCCUGUACGAGUUGGGCAGCUCGAUGAUUCACCGCAUCAAGUUCCGUGCGGCGUGGUACUUUGUCGGCCAAAAAGGCAUCAACGCGUACACGCCAUUUGAGGACUUGAAUUACCCAACCGGAAACAACUGGCCGGCGCCGAUCAAGACCUGGAUUUGCGUCCCAAUCAAUUUAUCCGGGCAUAAGGACGUGGCUUCACUGCGCGUCGUUCAGCGCCAAAACAUCCCAAAACGUCAUUUCUGCGCGAAAUAUGAUGGCCAUGACGAGUUUUGCGGAGAAAAAGCCAUCGACCGCCCCAUCAUCCCGAUGCCAGCGUCGGACAAGGAAUCCGGCGGCCAUCCAGUUUAUAAUGUACCGAUUAUCGUCGUUUCCGGGCUCGAUUUCGACUCACUGAGGAUCACUUUAGAAGCACUACUGGCCUUGCCUGGGAUAAAUACACAGAUGCUCCUCGUCUCGCACAACCACCAAUACAAAGAGCCCGCCGAUCUGGCCGCCCUCUUCCACGCGAAGCCGAUCUCGCUGAAUAUUUCGAGCCAAUACAAUGAUAUGCUCAAAAUGUCUGUGGAGGCGGCUUUUGCUCUAUUUCCGAAGGCGACCGAAGUGAUUGUUCUGGAGGAAGAUACAACACCCACAGCUGCUUUACUGCAAACGAUGGCCCAGUUGCUGUCCGUAAUGCGCCAAGAUGACGAUAUCUCGUUGGUCCAAGGAUUUAAUUGGAAUGGUCUCCAGCGCACUUCCCGAGAUGAACAAGCCGUUUAUCGCGUCGCUGAACACGCCCCUGCCUAUGGCUUCAUGCUGAAAAGAAGCGUUUUUGAGCACAAUAUCAAAGCGAAUAACGCUUGUUGCCAUGAGCUUCAUCACUGGAAAAUGACCGGACUGGACGCGCUCGUUGUCGACGUUUCGCGCGUGACUGUCAGGAGCCGCGAUCCCGAGAAUUUUGGAGCCGCUGUGGAGCGAGCGCUUGUUCGGGGGCCUAGGCGUCAAAGCGGGAUGGAGACUACACUAGACUUCGGGAACAUCGGCUCUCGCCAAAGCUAUUUGGCAUCCGUACAGCGGCUCGUUGCAAAUUCCACGAUAUUAGAAGUGAACCGGACGGCAGACUGGAAAACGUGGAAACCCGAGGCCUAUGAGUCGGUUUUAAAUCGGAUGUUUGACAGCACGGAGCGCAGUACGGUGACGAUCCGCUAUCGCAGUCAGUUCAAGCUGAAGGCCUUGUUGGCGCUUUUUGGCGCACUUCACUUCGAAGAUUUCAUCCCAGGCGCUUUCGAUAGAUAUAUAAGGUUCUACUUUGACGACAUUCACGUGGUCCUCGAACGGUUACAA